AACGUCAGGGUUCCACUUAAAACCAUUACACUCUUGAUAUAAAUGACAUAAGCGCCGCCUAACGGUUUACUCUUUCAUUUGUCGACCAUUUGUAAACAUGGCUCCGCCCACUACAAAGAAGUCCAAGGGACCAGCCAUUAAAAAACAGGCCCUUCGGGGUAAAGGCCAAAAGAAAAAGGUAUCUCUUAAAUUCACUAUAGACUGUACACAUCCUGCAGAAGAUAAUAUUAUGGAUGUAGCUAAUUUCGAAAAAUAUUUACAUGAAAGAAUUAAAGUUGCUGGGAAAACAAAUAAUUUUGGUAACAGUGUUACAUUGGAAAGGGAUAAGAUGAAACUAUCUGUUAACAGUGAUAUCGAUUUUUCUAAACGGUAUCUUAAAUAUCUUACAAAAAAAUAUUUGAAAAAAAAUAAAUUACGUGAUUGGUUACGUGUUGUAUCAAAAGACAAAGAAACCUAUGAGUUAAGGUACUUCCAGAUUAACAGUCAAGAAGAUGAUGAUGAAGAAGAUGCAGAAUAAAGUUUUAAUUGUAUGAUGCAAUUACAGAAUUAUCUGUACAUAUUUCUACUAAUAAAUAAUAGGAAAAAAUUGGAUGCAUUUUAUAAAUAAAAAAUUUUUAUUAUUCCUUCAUUUCUUUAAAAUUAAUUUUAUUAGAUUUCAUAAAUAUAUUUCAUAAAACUAAAUUUAUUAUUAUUAAAAAAUAAACAAAAAUAAUUACAAAAAUUUAUGUAUACAAACUUAUAAUUCUUAUGAACACGAAAAGAAUUCGAAUUUUAAAAUAAAUUUAUUUUAUUUAAUGUUAUUGAUCUGAAAUAUUAUAAUGAAAGCUUUAAUUGAACUUUUUACUUUGAAAAUUUAUAUUUUUUGUACAUUUAUAUACAUUAUUUUUGCAUUCUAAAUAUUUUUUUUAUAAUCUGCAAAUGCAUUAGAGACGCUGAUUAUAUAGACUUGGGAGUACAGAAAAAUGCGUCACUAGAGGCGUAGUAGAGAAAAACAUAAGUCAGUAUUUAUCACCAACAAACUCGUAUCUAUUUAAGGUUCAUUUAGCUCCCCAUUCGAGUAUUUAUAUUGAAGAACUUUAUUUAUUUUUAUAUAGAUUCGUUAUGUGAUAUAUGUGAAUGUAAUUAAAUUGGAUAAAAAAAAUAUGAAACAUUUCAUAAUAAAAAAAUAUAAGUACACAAGUGAAUAAAAAAUAUGAUUAAAUGAAUAAUAAAAAAAGAUAAUCUUUUUCUUUUUAAUAUUAUAUUUACAUAAAUAAGUGAGGAAUUUAUUUGUAAAUUCUAUUAAUUUAAUAAAUAUUAAUGCUAUCGUUUUAUUUUUUAAUAAUAUUGUAUAUCAUAUAAAAAAAUUCAUAGAGACGGUCCUGUUUUAUCUAUUAAAUACAUCUGUGAAAUCAUUUUUCUCCCAUUAAAUAUAUAUUUCGAUAACAUAUCAAAGUAUAUUCAAGUUAUUCAAAUAAAUUGUUACUAUUAUCCUAUUUUUAAGUAUAUAUUUCCUUAAAUUUCAAAACGGAAACUGAGGGACUAUUUCUCGUUAGCGUAGAGUGAAAAAGUAAAUUGCAGUGCGCAGACGAACUGACGCACGGUGAUUGUUGUGACAGAAGUAGAGAAGAGUAUCAUCGUAUCGUCGUAUUUCCAGUUCGGAAUCAUUGUACAAAUCGAUAAGAAAAAGAAUUUGGUAGCUAAAGAGAAAAA